AGCCAUUACCCCGCCGCCGCCGCUCCGGCUCGCUCCUCUGCUUCCCUUCCCGCGGCCCUUCGUCCCCUACGUAGACCUUCCCUCUUCCCUCGUUGGCCGACAGUCACGUCACUCGGUACCGAAGCCGCUCCACGAUUGGCUGCUGGAGGAAGCGGGGCGGAGCCAACAGCGGGCAGGUGCGUCGUAGGAUGCGUCACGCGGCGUCGUGUGAUGAUGACGCAAGGCGCUGCCGUGACGCAUAUCUCCGGAGCCGGCAGCAGCGGCGGAAGAGUUCCCCGGAGUGUCUCGCAGUACUCUUGCUAUGACAGACCCGAAUAUUCUCACAGAAGUCCCCGCUGCUUUCAAGCGCCUUGCCAAGUAUGUCGUGAGGGGCUUCUACGGGACAGAACAUGCCCUCGCCCUGGACAUUCUGAUCCGGAAUCGCUGCGUCAAAGAGGAGGACAUGCUGGAGUUGCUGAAGUUCGACCGGAAACAGCUGCGGGCCGUUCUCAACACCCUCAAAGGAGACAAGUUCAUCAAAUGCCGGAUGAGAGUGGAGACCGCCUCGGACGGCAAGACCACGCGGCACAACUACUAUUUCAUCAACUACCGCCUGCUGGUCAAUGUGAUAAAGUACAAGCUCGAUCACAUGAGGAGGAGGAUCGAGACGGACGAAAGAGACUCCACCAACCGGGCCUCCUUCCGGUGCCCCGUCUGCUUCAGCACCUUCACGGACCUGGAGGCCAACCAGUUAUUUGACCCGAUGACAGGCCUCUUCCGCUGUACCUUUUGCGAGACCGAAGUGGAGGAAGACGAGUCGGCCAUGCCCAAAAAGGACGCCCGAACCCUGGUGGCCCGCUUUAACGAGCAGAUCGAGCCGAUCUAUGCCCUGCUGCGGGAGACGGAGGACGUCAACCUUGCCUAUGAGGCCCUGGAGCCGGAGCCGAUGGAGAUCCUGGCCUUGAAGCAGAGCAAGGAACGAGCUGCCGGCACCGCAGGGAUGGGCCUCCUGCCAAGCGGGCCUCACAGAGAGGCUUGGACCACCAAGGGUCCCUCUUACGAAGACUUGUACACCCAGAACGUUGUCAUCAGCAUGGAGGACCAGGAGGACGCCCAUCAGCCGGCCAACGAAGGGAAGCCGCCCCGCGAAAGGCCGGUCUGGCUGCGCGAGAGCACCGUGCAGGGAGCUUACGAUCCUGACGAGGUCAAAGAAGGUGGCCGAGACACAGAUAUGUUUCAGGAAGGGGAGGAGGGUCAAGGUGCCCUGGACAAUAACGAGGAAGUGAUGCGCGCCCUGCUCAUCCACGAGAAGAAAACCCCCUCCGCCUCUGUCGGCGCCCUGGGUGGAGCGGCACCCUUAUCAAACACCAAUGCCAGUGACUCCGAGAGCGAGACGAGCGAAUCCGACGAGGACUCCCCUCCCCGAGCGGCUGCUGGCGCAGGGACGCUCUACGGUCUGGCGGAGGAAGAUGAUGACGAUGAGUUUGAGGUGGUAACCGAGGACCCCACCGUCACAGUGGCCGGGCGCCCGUUCUCUUACAGCCAGGUGACUCAGCGACCAGAACUGGUGGCCCAGAUGACUCCUGAGGAGAAGGAACUCUACAUCGCUAUGGGUCAGCGCAUGUUUGAGGACAUGUUUGAUUAGCUUCCUUGUGCCUCGGCAACAUUUGCAGAUAACCGUCAACCGGAAAUUCAGGGAGGAAGCAAACGGGCAAAUUGUACCUACCCAUUCUCAAUCGAUUCAGUCAUUCUUUUGAGCACUCUGGAGAUGAAGGAAAAAAGGGGCGGAAGGGGUCAGAGGACCAGAUUUGACAUGGCAGCCACAUUAUAUUCGUUCGCGUAUCAAGCAGAACAAAUAUACACUUUCCAUGGAGAGAAGCCUAUGAGGGAGGAGAGCCGAAGCCUGCCCUUCAUCUGCUCUUUCGUGAUUGGAUACAGCUUCCUCCUCGUCUUGAGAAGAGAAGCAGUCCAAGGACAAUGAGGGGGUAGUGUCACGCUCCCUCUUCCGUGCCCCUCUUUUUCAUGCAGACAAUACACCGCCGCCCACAUGAGUAUCCCUGAGCAGAGCUGCACACGACGAGUACAUGUCUAGUUCCGAGAAUGGGAGACCUCAUGGGGCCUUUCAGACACGGUCACGUGCCGAGAGCCACUGUUCGCCAUCGCUCUGUUUCCGAUUCUGUUUCCGAUCUUGUAUUAUGUAUGACCUUGUACUUUUGUUUUUGGUUUAGCCUGGAAAAAUCUGAAUUCUCUUUGUUUGCCUUUGGGGGGGGCGGGGUUGGGGUGGGAAAUGGUUGUAGGAGUCAUUCCUCUGGCGUUCAUUGAAUUCUGAGAUCGUAGCCCCUCCAAAACAAUAACCUGAAGGCGAUCUCUUCCUAGCAUGGGGAUUUUGAUUUCUGACAGCCCAAGGACAAGUGAGACCUAAAUGUCCCUCCCCCCGUGCAUCCUUUUCUUCCCAAAUGUAUAUAUGCGGUAGAAGCCACAGAGAACACAGUCGCAAUCAUGGUAACUGGUGGCUAUGUGGCCAAGUGUUGUUUUUCAAAUUGUUCCUUAGCGAUAAAGAGGCAUUAGGGACAGAUAAGAUAUUUUAGAUUUUGCUGAAAAGGAGUUAAAUUGCCCAGAGACCAUAUUCCCAGCACUCCCAUGGUAAAGCAGUCUUGUAAAACUCUCCUUUAAAGAAACAAAACUAAACUAAACUAAACCACUGCCUUGAGGAUAACUGACUCUGUUCCCUUGCUUACACGAGCAAAUUUCUGCCUUUAUCUAACCUAAUUAUUUGUAAUGGGGUAAUUUUCAAACGAGAACACUUUGGUUUCAAAGUGUAGCUCUUGCUUUGUUUUCUCCACCUCUUCUCGUAGGUGUCGCAUUCCUACAGUUCCUAUCACGCUCAGCGUGUCAAAAUCAAGCCGCCGCUUGAUUCCCAGAACGAGUGAACCAGAACUCCCAAGUGGGUUUCUUCCCCCGCCGCGCAGUCUCUUGCGUUGAAUGAACAGGACCGGAGCAGGCCGUCAGAAUGACUUAAGUUCCUGGGCUCUGUGGCCAGGGGUUAGCACCAACACCAAGGUCCUUGUUUCAUUUAGGGGUAGAUGGGGGUCUCAUUUCAGCGCAAACAAACAAGGGUUUUAUUUAAAAAAAUAAACAAAUUAUGCAGAAUUUUGUCGGAUUCCCUACAUUUGGCAUGGCGGUUUCUCGUUGAAUAUUCCCAGCCGCGCCUAUGUGAACAAAUUCCAUUUUGUAAUUGUAACCUUUUAAAAAUGUACAGCUUUUUAAAAAAAAGAAAAAUCAGUGUUCCCUCUCCCCUUAUCUGACAUCACAGAUCAGUAAACGGCUUAUUUGUCCCGCACUCGUAUUCCACGCACGCCCCUUUUCAUUUUCCGGAAUGGUCGAAAUGGUUUGGCGAAGCUGACCUUGUUAGGUCGAGCAAAUCGACCGCGUUUUGUUUGGUUCGGCCUGCGCAGUUUCUCGUGUGAUUUUAUUUGCAGAUGCUUUGCGGUUUGUCUUUUUAAAACAAAUAACUGUCAGGAUUCGUUGCUUGGAUAUUAAAAUAAAGGAGGAGGAAAGAA